GUGAGCUCAUCUGGCGCUGGUUGCAUUGAAGUCCUCCACCGUGCCUGAAGGAAGGAUGCUUCUGGGCGCUGGGAACGUGGAGAAGAUGUGGUCUGCCCAGCUGUGUCUGGGAGUGCUAACCCUCCUGACCAUGGCUCUGUGUGUCCCAUCCACGCAUGGGGACCCUUUUUUACUCCAAGAGAACCGAGUGCUUCCAGAGAGAGAAGACACAAAUCACGAGGACACAUUGCUGACUCUGCUCCUUAAUAAGAAAUUCGCAUGGCGGAGGCCAGAAAAUAUUGAGUGGGAGCUGGCAAAGAAAUUUGAAGAGCUUGAAGAGCUGGAGAAGUUGAAGGAUCAGCUCUCAGCUGAGGAUGGGUCAGAGGUGGCCUAUGCCUUGGAAAGUCUCUCAGCAUCCCAGCCCAAAAAACGCGCCUGUUUUUGGAAAUACUGCAUCUGAAGGUUUGCCAGGACUGGAGGAUGAAGAUGAGCCCUUCCCCAAACUGCCUUGCUGGGCAUUAAUGCAUUAAGAGUUUGCUCUGUUCCCUCAUUGUGCUGCUGAUUUGGAAGCCAUCCUCCAUGCCUGCACCACAGCCAAGUCUGACCGGGGCCGUGACAGGAGCUGGCAGCCCACUGCCACUCUCUGCUGUUCCUUUCUUCCAGGUUUAACCCACCGUGAUCUUCUCCUCAGAAGAUGCUUCCCAACUUUCUGUGCUGUCCUGUGUGUGCCAUUCAGGCUGCUGCCACUGUGCACUCCCCCCUUCUCACCAGGUCCCCUGGGGCACCGAACACCAACUCAGCUUCCCCGGGCUUGGGGCUCAGCCCACACCUGCAGGCGUGGCUCUCAGAGGUGUCUGGGUUUGCUGUCACCUCCUGGGCAGGUCUGAGCUGCCCUGGUGGCCGCUGUUGGGACAAGAAGGCGGGCUGGGUGUGAAGUCAAGGGCUCAGGGCUGGAUUGCUGGGCCAGAGCUGCUCCUUGCUGCAUCCCACAGCGUGCACAGGGGAGGGCAGGCAGAGAGCUCUGGGUCCUUUGGAUACCAUUCCAAUAAAGAUUUUCUGUUGCACAGAAGCAUGUGUUAUUUGCUUUCUC